ACGAUGGCGACCGGCGGCGACGCGAACGACCGCAUGAUGGCGGACGCGGCGAAAGCCCUGACCGGGUACACCGGCGGAGGACUCUCGAGGACCGGCGCGACGGGCGCCGGCGAAGAGUUGGACUUCAACGACGUGUUCAGCCUUCGACGCCCGCAGAACGCGAUGUCGGGCCUGAGCAGCGGCCUGCAGUCCGCGGGGAAGGGCGUCCUCGCGGGCGCGGCGGCGCUCAUCGCCGCGCCCGCGAUCGGCGCGAAAGCCGAGGGCGCGACCGGGUUCUUCAAAGGGUUGGGCGCUGGCCUGGUGAGCGCGGUCGUGCUCCCCGUCGUCGGCGUGGGCGUCGGCGCGACGCAGAUCGUUCGCGGCAUCGCCAACACCCCGGAAGCCAUCGCGGAGGCCAACGCGGGGAAGCGUUGGAACCGCCGGACGAGGGAGUGGGUCACGGAAGAUCUCGUGAAGGAAGCGCUGAAGCUCGCGGAGAUCGACGACGAGACGAUAUUGGAGAAAGCGCGCGAGCGCGCGCGGGCGAGGGAGGCGGAGGAGCGGGCCACGAGCGGCGGCGGCGGCGGCGGCGGCGGCGGCGCGACGGGCGGCGGCGUCUCGGAGACUGAAUUCUACGACGUGCUCGAGGUGGCCCCGACCGCGAGCGCUUCCGAGAUCAAGCGCGCGUACUACGUCGCCGCGCGGAAAUGGCACCCGGACAAGUGCCAGGACGACCCGAGCGCGCAUGAGCGGUUCCAGAAGAUCGGCGAGGCGUACCAGGUCUUAUCCGACGACGCCACGCGGAAAAAAUACGACGAAAAGGUGAGACUCGUCUCCAGAUUUUAA